AUGGCCGCCUGUGCGAAGCAAAGCAAUUGGCAGGAUGCUUGCUUCCUUCUGACGUCUAUGGCUGGAGCUGGGGUUUCUCCCAACAUAUUUCACUUUGCUGCAACUAUCACUGCCUGCGAGAAGGGCUCGCAAUGGCAACAGGCGCUGGGCUUGUUCCAUGCCAUGCCCUUGUCAAAGGUGCAGACAGAGACGAUCAGCUGCAAUGCGACCAUCAGCGCCUGCGAAAAGGCCGGGCAGUGGGAGCAUGCUUCGGGCUUGUUCUAUGCCAUGUCGCUUUCAAGGAUUCAUGCCGACAGGAUCAGUUACAACGCAACCAUCAGUGCCUGCGAAAAGGGAGGGCGCUGGAGGCAAGCGCUGGACCUGUUUUGGGCCAUGCCGAUGGCCAGGGUUUAUCCAAAUAAGAUCAGCUUUGGUGCAGCCAUCAGUGCCUGUGAAAAGGCCGGCCAGUGGCAGCAUGCGUUGGGCCUCUUUUUUGCGAUGCCUCAAGCGAGGCUGCACCCAGAUAAGAUAAGCUACAAUGCAUCCAUCAGCGCCUGCGAAAAAGGAAGCCAGUUGAAGCAGGCACUCGGCCUGUUUCGCUCCAUGCCGUUGGAGACAGUGCAGCCCGACACCAUAAGCUACAAUGCAGCCAUCAGCACCUGCGGAAAAAAUCACCAGUGGCAACGCGCUUUGGAUCUUUUCAGCUCAAUGACCCAGGAGCAGAUUCGGGCCGAUACCAUCAGCUUCAGUGCCGCCAUCAGUGCCUGCGAGAAGGACGGGCAGUGGCGGCACGCCUUGGGGCUCUUCUCGACCAUGUCCCAGGCGAAGCUUUGGUCAGACAGGAUUUGCUACAAUGCAACCAUCAGCGCCUGUGAGAAAGGCCACCGGUGGCACCAGGCGCUGAAGGUGUUUUGGGCCAUGCAGCACGCGUUGGUGCACCCGAACUUCAUCAGCUACAGCGCGGUGAUCAGUGCCUGUGACAAGGGCGGAGAGUGGGAGCAGGCAUUGGGCCUCUUCCGCUCAAUGCCUCAGUGCUCGGUCCGUCCCAAUGACAUCUGCUACAAGACGGUAGCAAGAGCUUGCGAGCGGGCGAGCCAGUGGCAGCAAGCCCUGGGCUUGUUUCAGUCUGAAGCUUAG